GAAAAACAAAAUUUUUGGUCUAAAAACAUAUUUAAACCUUCAAAACUGAUCCUUGAAACAUAAUUGUAUUAAUUGUCUUGCUGCUAAAUGCUGUGUAAUUGGCAUCUUUGCAGCACUUCGAAAGAAAGCACUCCAAUUUCGUGUGCACUUUAAUUUUGAAGAAAACAAGCCACUAGCAAUUCUCACGCCAUAUUUCCAACAAUAACCGUAAUUACAAUUGAGAAAUUCGCACAUUGUCCUAACUUACUCCACAUUUCCACAAAAAGUAAAUUUAUUCAGACUUUUCUCCCGCUUUGCUCAUAAAAAUCCGUCUUUAGUUACGGAAGGCCCAAUAUGAUUAUGAAAAUGACGGUUUCAUGUCUUGUGCUAUUGUUUCUGUCCAUCCAAGUGAUAAGAGAAAACUAGAAGUGUGUCCAAACUUGGAAAUUCUCAAUCCUGCACAUCCAGGACACAUAAAUAGAUUUUUUCCGAGUGAUUCAGUCAGUUUUACUGCGACUAAACUAACAUUAAGUUUAACAAUGCCUUUGUGACCCGUACAAUGAAGUUAAAGAAAGUCUGUUUACUUCUCUUCGUUGUUUUACUCUUGUUGCUACUAAAUGAGAUUAGUUGUAUCGCCAACUACAAUCAAGACGAGAAUUUGAUCACUGAUGAGGACCGAAGGGCGGCCGAAACGGGCGAAAAAAACGACCGAAAACGGGGCCUUAUCUACGACACCUACACCAAACACCAGCAACCGUCAGGGUAUCAUGAAGCCGAAACCAUUCCAAACACUGGAUACGCCUAUCCUGUUUUGACCCACCAUUAUCCCAGUUAUCCUUCAGGAGGCUAUGGCCUGUAUGCGCCUAGUGGAAGUGGCCAUGGGUUUGGCUACGGACCACCGGCCCAUGACCAUGGACAUGGCAAUAACGCUUUGGCCUUAAAAGGUUUAUUGAUACCUUUGGCUGGAAUUGCUCUACUGGGAGCCGCUGCAGCUCUGUCCACCAAUCCAGUCCUCCUCCAAUUAGGUGUGGUUAAUGGACGGAGACGACGCCGAAGAUCUUUCACUUAUCCGGAGAUUAAAACUCGCUAAAUGUCGCGUUUUCAAGUUAGUUAAGUUAGUAAAGCAGUGAAUAGA